GAAUUUGUACCUCUAAUAGGUGUACACCAAGUGAUAUUCAAUCUAUUGCUGAGCAAGCAAGUGUUUGUGAUUCCAGAUAUGGCUGCCAAGACUGAUAGCACCCAACACGUCAAGAGAUUUGACAUGUAUUCACGGCAUAAGAACAACAGCUUUAGUGGAAAAUACUUAUUGAGUGACUUCCCGGCUAAUAUAGCACUCAAUGGCGAUUUUCGUGGCAAAUAUGUAAUGACUGAAUUUACAUCACAUGCCUUACUUAACGCCGAGUAUGGAAUCGUCACAUUUCUAAUCAUGAGGUACACAUUAAUGUGA